AUGGCUUGUUUGACGGGUACAUCUUAUACUUUAUUGAUGAAUGGGAGGUUACAAGGGAGUUUUGAUGGGAGGAAAGGAUUAAGACAAGGUGAUCCAAUCUCUCCCUUGUUGUUUGUGCUUAUUAUGGAGCAUCUCACUCGUCUUCUUAGUCUUGUUUCUCAGCACAAGGAUUUUCGGCUUCAUCCCAUGUGUAAAAGUUUGCAUCUUGUUAAUCUUUGUUUUGCGGAUGAUCUUAUUUUGUUUUGCAAGGGUAAUCUUAGAUCUUUUCAAAUAUUGUUUGAUGGUUUUACCAGGUUUAGUCAGAAUUCUGGGCUGACAGCCAAUUUGAAUAAGUCUCAAGUGUAUUUUGGAGGUAUUUCUGCUGAAGUGAAGAAUAACAUUCUGAGUUAUGUCACAAUUGAAGAGGGUACUUUUCCUUUAAAAUAUCUGGGUGAUACUCUUCGCCCUACUAAAUGGAAGGCGACUGAUUGUGGCGUGAUUAUUAAAAAAAUUCAGAAUCGUCUCCAUGCUUGGUCUAGUCGCCAUCUGUCAUUUGCUGGGAGAUCUCAAUUGAUCCAUUAUGUGUUACUGGGCAUUCAUUCGUAUUGUAUGAAAAUUUUUCUUCUACCUCAAAGUAUCAUUCAAGAAAUUGAUCGGCUUUGUCGUAAUUUUUUAUGGGGAGCUAAGGGCAACCGCAGCAAGUUUCAUUGCUCUUCUUGGGAUCAGGUUUGUCUUCCUAAGACUAUGGGUGGUAUUGGUUUUAAAGAGGGAUCAAAGUGGAACAAAGUGUUAUUGGCCAAAUUUAUUUGGGCUAUUUCCUCUAAUCAAGAUCUGGUAUGGGUCAAGUGGAUAGACGAGCUUUAUCUCAAAGGCCUUAAUUUCUGGGAUUAUUCCUUAAAACCUGAUGUUCUUUACAGUAGUAUGCUUCAGAGGGAUACGGUCUCUUUUGAUAAGGGUGUGUGGUGUAGGCUUUCAGUUCCAAAGCAUCGUUUUAUCAUGUGGCAAUCAGUCCUUGGCCACCUGCUUACUAGGGACAAUCUUUUGAACUGUCAUAUUCCCAUAGCUUCCUCUUUGUGUCCUGUUUGUGAGAAAGAUGAGGAAUCUCAUGCGCACCUGUUCUUUGAUUGUGUUUUCUCUCAACAGGUUUUGGAGCUCAUUAAAAACUGGUUAGGUCUAGCUAUUUGGCCAGUUAAGUAUACUGAUUGGUUGUGUUGGUUAAAAGGGAAGCCUAAAGGUUUAAUGCAAUGA